AUGUCUCAAUUAGAAAUUGCUGCGCAAGCAGUUGAUUGUUAUGUUGACGAAAUUAAAGGAUGGUGCAAGUGCAAGGUUUAUAUUUAUGAGCCAUCAAAUGAGAAAGUUUGGAAAGAUGCAGAAUUGAGUGGUUUGUGCACUACAAAACUUCAACAGUUGAGUGAAUUUAACAAUGCAUCUAUUUUCAAUAAUUCAUUGAAUGAGUUCAUAAAACAAUUUCUUUCAAUCAAAACCCAAGAUGUAAAUAGUCAAACUCCACUUCACUUGGCAGUUCGGGAAGGUCACACUUCUUGUGUAAAACUAUUACUUGAAAAGGGUGCUGAUCCACUUUCAGUUGAUCAUAUUGGUAAAACAGUAGUUGAUUAUUCAAGAAUGAACUUUAUUAAUAAGCAUGUUAUCAUUGAAGAAUUGCAAAAGUAUGUGGAUUUUGCAAUCUUACCUCCACUAGAACCAAUACCUAUCAUUCCAAACAUUGCUGAGUCAGAAUCUAUUGAAGAAGAAAUAAUUGUAAAUCAAGAACCAGAGCUACAAUCUGAAUCAAGCAAUUCUAAUCAAGAACAAGAUGAAGAAAAUGAGAACAUUUAUUUUAUGUGA